AUGAAUAGGGCAAGGCAGUGCGGAGCAACCUUCACAGAUGCUCCUAUAACCAAGGAUGGUUGUGCGAAAAGGCCGUGGUUUACUACGCAAAAUAAAAGACAAUUUCAAACAUAUAAACAACCGUUCAUAUUCUUUUCUCACCAAUUUGCCCUCGGAACUGAUACAAGCGAUCACUACUUUUCUAGACACUCCAAAAUUUUGCUCUCUGCGCCUGACCUGUGGAAGAAUCUAUGCAAGCACCUGGGGUUAUUUCACGCGGUCUUAUCUACACACAGUGCGGACAAACCUUUCCCUGACCGCAUUGCAGAGGCUACAAGACCUCUCCCAGAAUUUAGACCUAGCACCGCUCGUCCGAAAACAGUCGUGAAAGGACGACCGGAAGAAGAUGAUUUCUUCGGGAAUAGAAUUGUGUGCGAGCUACAACAUCCAUCUGGUUAUCUUUCCAUCCCCCAAAAAGGAGUCCAACAGUGGCAAGACGUCCUUCGACGUUUAGCCCACUGCAGGUCUUUUGAAUUUCACAACGAGUCAUGCGAGAUCGAUAAUAUGGGCGGUCUCCUGACAGCCGGUAAUGCACUCACACUGAUCCUCAGCAUUAUAAUCGAGAUACAAAUUCCAGUGGUGACGUUCUCAGUGGGUUUCCGGCACGGAUUCACGAUAGAUUUCAUUAACAUGGCACGGAUCGAUAUCAGUGCUGUGCGAAGGCCAGAGUUCAUCACUGCAUGGCCCAGUAUCCAAGAGCUCAGUCUCAAGCAUACAUUGCAGCCUGCAACCACCGACUGGGUGUUCCAGCUUGUCCAGCACGCGAGGAGCCUCCGGAAGCUGCAGAUCGAUUUCAGCCUUGGUGUCCUUUAUGCACUGGUUAUCGCGUGCGGGUUUCCCAUUUCGCCUACAAGAGGUCACGCUCAGGAGAUUUAUUUCAAGGGUAUUUUCGUGGAAGGAGGAGAGUGCAUUGCCAUUCCCAGGUGUCUACGGAUUAGUGGAUUCUCCAUACUCGAGGAAAUCAACCUUUUCCACCUGAGAGACGACCAUAAAGUUGUCAAUUUCUCGGGGGUAUUGGAAAAUCCUAUUGUCGAUGAGGAACAAGGCACGAAGUUCACCUAUAUCUCUGCAAAAAAGCGUGGGGAGAAGAGGAAUCUCGGUGUUUGCUACUCGGGUCCGAAAAUGGAUAUUGCAUAA